CGCAAAAAGCGAAUCCCAGCAACUAUUCUUGGUCGACAAACCACGAUACAAACACGGAAAUCAGUAGGAUUAUAGCAGCUCUGAAUCUUUCUUUCUUUCGCAUGAAAGCGCUGCAUUGCUAUGCGCUGUAUAAUUAAUUGAUUAUCGAAGUGUUCUCCACCGGAAAAUGAGUAUCUGUCCGAAGGGGAAGAGUGAUAUAAAGUCACCGCUCGGAACAUCCUCACAUUAUUCGCUCUUCCGUACUCGAAACGACUCCGAUUUUUUUUUGAACUCUCAACAUCACAUAUUUCGCCCAGUCGUCUGCUUGUCUACCUUCAACCUAUUUUCAAUUUCAACCCUCGACAAGCAUGUUUUCUUCCCUUCGCUUUCUAUCUGCUCUCCUUGUCGUGAUGUCGUCUUCCACCAGCUUCAUCUUCGCAUCCCCUGUAUACUUAGCGAUGCGCUCGAGCGAGACGACAUUGACUCAAAACUUCACCCUCGCCGCCUUGAAUGUCACGCUUCCAAAUGUAAACUUGACUGGCGCUCCCCUUGUCUUGGGCACCGCCGGUGCUAUCGACGGAGAAUCUUUCGAUGUGACCUCGACGUACGCCUCUUAUCCAUAUAACGAUUUCCCUUCCCUCGCGCUGGUGGAUGGAAACCUUCGCGCCUUUUCAAGACAAGGGAGCUGGCAUACUAAUGCUAGUGUUCCUUUGCUCCAUGGCUCUUUGGACUGGACCACAAGCAGCCUCUAUAGUAGCGCAGCUUCGACAGCCUUCACUGCAGAAUCAGGCACUGGAAAUUUCUCCGUCCUUGCUUUCAACGGAACCGCAAAUCUGUGGUAUCUGUGCCCCAGCGAUGCCCCGGGAUUGCCCCAGAACUCUGUAUACUAUAACACGACAACAAUUCCGUCUCAAUCUGGGGCAUCUGGAGCUAGUCCUGUACAGUGCUACUCCGUGACAUUGAACAUCAUACCAGUAUGAAGAAAAAUAGUGAGCGAGAUACGCAUGAAACGAUCUGUCAAUCUCCUAUCAGAUUCUCCGCCAUAUCUCGACCACCUUGUCGGACAGUUGAAUUUUAUUUAUUGUUUUAUGUGCUUAAUGCCCUACUAGAAGACCCGGAGAUAGGCUUAUUUGCUGAUAUACAGUCUCCUGAACCUAGAAUUGUGCGAUACAACUUGAAUUAACAGCUCGGGUUGGCCUCGACGAACGGGUUGCGGGA